GUUUUUUUCGGUAUAGGAUGUGACUCAGCGAUCCCAUCAAUCAGCUCGACCGAGUGUGACUGUGGGAAUUCGAAUUUCAAAAGAAAGAAAAAAUAAAAUAACUGCAAUCUAGUUUGAUAUUUGUCCGUGGCUGACCCCUGUUUCUGAAUCGGAAGAAAUGGGUACUCAGAACUCGUGGAUGGCUUUCUUUGUCCUGGCUGUGCUUAGCUUUUGUAUGACCCCUUGCCAAGGAAUAAGGGAAGGGGAUGAAUGCGAUUUGGAGGAACUGGGUUCAGGCACCAAAGGAGUUUAUGUGGAGAGUUCAGCGUGUUCUUGGUACAAUGAAACUGUGACGAGUCAGGAGCCGUUUUGUCGGAACCAGUGGCAAAGGAACCCUGUGACGGGUCGGAGGCAACCCGUGUGGAAAUGCUGGGUUUGCUGCAGAAUCAGCGCAUUCAAAUGCAGCGAAUAUCGCAAGACAUGGCAGAAAAUGCUGGCUGAGUCCUGUCCCUGUGGAACCCAAAGUUACUGUUGCAGCGCCACGAACCAAUUUGAGAAGAAGGGUUCGGACUGUAAUGACGGCGUGUCGCCGUUGAUUGUCAAGGGAGAAGUCGCUCGAAUAGGACAAUUUCCGCACGCUGUUGCGCUUGGGGAAUCCUAUGAAAAGAAGAAACGACUCAUUGUGUCCUUUUUCUGUGGCGGAUCGCUGAUUAGCGAGAAAUGGGUGUUGACUGCUGCUCACUGCUUCAGUGCCAAGAUUUUGACAGUCGCUCGUCUUGGACACCAGAACCAAGACAAAGUGAAUGUGAUGGAUCCUGAGUUGGACUAUUUCAUUGACCAAGAGGACAUAAGAUUUCAUCCUGGAUACAGUCCAUCAGCUGCAUCCAAAUACAACGACAUAGCGUUGGUGAAACUGGUGCAAAUUUCUCCCAACUUCAGAGGAGUGACGUUUUCAGUGAACGCUUUCCCUGCUUGCUUGUCGCAAAUCAAUCCACGAGAUGUCGCCGCUGAAGGCGUGAAACCAACCGUCAUCGGAUGGGGAACUACGUCCUACUGUAAGCGGAAACUGUUCUUUUCU